AUGAGUUAUGAGAUAAAACUAUUUUGGAAAAAGGAUGAGAAAGGUGUUAACGUUACUGUCACUACCGGUGAAGAAGACGAAGACAUUGUACUCGAUCUGAAAUCCAAGCUAAAUGGAUUCUCAUACAAGAAAGGUUUUGUUGAAAAAUCAAAGACGUGUGGGGAGAUUCUCCGGCGAAGAACAGCAACGGUGAAGAUGACACUGUUAAGAUUCGUCGCCAGUAAGAACAACGAUGAACUCACUUUUCUUUAUCGGUAUGAGCAGAAAUGGCUUAACCUCAACAGCACUAAAGCUUCUGGAAGUUCAAAGAGGAAAACCGUUGAAACAAAUUCCCAAACAUCAACCACAAGUGUUGGUGAACAAGAGAUACGACCGGAAGGUGUAAAGGCUGCAAAAGCUAAACGGAGUAAUGCGAAGGGGAAGUCUGUUGCUGAGUAUACGGCGGUUUGGGAAAUGAGGAAGGAGGAUUUGGAGAGGAAAGAGAAACUGUCAAAGCUUGCCAUCUUAGACACUCUCCUAGCCAAAACCGAACCAUUCAAUGAGGCUGAAGAAGUAGCCUAA